UUGUGAAGGGGGCGCGUGCGGCGGUCCUUGUUUAGUGUAGCACGCGGUGCGUACAUACCGCGCGCGUGGGCGGCUCCAGGACGGAGCGACAGGAGACUCGGCGGACUAUGGAGGACUCGGAGCAAGCGGAGGACGGCUUGCUGUCGGGUUUGCGGUGGAAUAGGAGCGCACGAGAGCAGGCUCAGCUCAAACAUAAAAUCCGGGACCUGCCGGGACUCCUGAAGCACGGACUGCACCUGCGGAAGAAGAGCCAAUCACCUGACACAAUCCCUGGACCGAGCAGCGGACCCUCUGUACACAAGUCUUGUUCCCAGAGUUUUCCUUGUGCUGGUCGAGCUGUGAGGAAUGCUUUCCUCUCUCAUGGGCCCUACCCAGCGAAAGACAAGAUACACCUGGCCAGAAUCAUACGCCGUAGCUAUGUGGGCGUGGAGCUGGUGCAGUGGCUGUGUGAGCAGUGCAUGUAUGUGCGCUGUCGGACCACUGCUGUGCGCGUCUGGCAGGUGCUGCUGGAGCUGGGAGUCCUGCUGUCUGUGGACCAGCGUGUGGUGUUUUCAGACUCAAACUCUUACUACCAGUUCAGCUUUGAGGAGUGUGACUCCGCCUCCUGUGAGUUCCGCUCCAAUGAGGGGGAGUGGCCAGAGGCUGUUAGGCUCCUCCUACAACUUGCACCAUAUGUCCAGUUCCGCUCUGGAGGCGGGGCCAACAGCCUGUCAGAGGAGGACUCUGAAGGCAACAGGGACAUCUGUGGUGAGAUUCUCCAGAUGAAGGCGCUUGAGAGGCUCACUUCUACGGUACAAAGUGAGUUGGCGGCUGCUCUUGCCCGAAAGACACGGAAAGCUUUAUCAGAACAAGACUCUGAGACAACAGAGACGACUCGGCAAGAUCCUCGCACACCUAGCGAGGAGAGCAGCUCGCUGGGCGGGGUGUGUGCCCUGAGGGACGCCAGCAGCGGCGGAGGGAUGGGGAGCGUGUGCGGGCGUGAGGAUCUGACCAGCCGCCUAGGUCUGGAGGCUGUUCAAAGGCUAGCAAAGGACGGAUGCCGGCUACUGCAGAACCACAACUACAGGCUACCUGACAGGAAUCAGGCUGAGGCGGUGGGGAGGGUGUGUCUGAAGGAGCGAGGGCGGGACGUGUUGGUGUUACAGAGAGUUACAUCAUCAGUGACGUCGCCGUUGGACCGUCCUUCGCCCACAUCUUCAGGAGGCGGGUCCAGAGAGGAGGAAGGUGACAAGAGGUACGUGGUGGUGUCAGGAACGCCACUCAAGAUCUUGGAGCAUUUGCUAAGCGAUCUGCGGUUGGAUGACCAGAGAGAGGUGCCAGAGAGCAGAGAGAGCGAGAUGCUGCUGGAUGACUUCCUAUUGACGUACCUGGUCUUCAUGUCCACCAACGAUCUCUGUCAGGCACUGCUGGGACACUAUAGCAGUGCACGUUGCAGGGGCCAGGAGGAGGGAAAGGAUGCCCUCUUCAGGAAGCGGAAGGUACUACAGCUGGUGUCCCACUGGAGCAGACUCUACAAGGACUUCCUUAAAGAAGAGGAGCACGUCAGGAGCUUCAUGAAGACCCUAUACAGGUAUGUGUUGGAGGAUUUGUACGAGUUUCCCACACUGGAGAAAGAUCUGAAGGAGUUCCAGAAGCUUCUACGCCGCCGACACACGGUGGAUGACUGUCCUCCAAAUCAAAAGACUAAACCUACGUAUCAGCAGUUAAGUUUGAAGGAAAACUGCCUGCACCUCCGAAGUUCUCAGAGUGAGACAAGAGAAGUUAUUUGUUGUGUACAUGUUAGCAUCGACUCCUACCUGAGUGUCCACACACACCCGUCACUGGAAGCCCACGAGCUGCUAAGGAUUGUGGGUCUGAAGAUGGACAGAGAGGCGGAGGACAUGGUGCUUGCUGUUGUGUCACAUACUGGAGAGCGCAGAGUGCUGCAGCCCAGUGACUGUGUGUAUUCAGAGUCUCUGACUCCACAAGGAAAGCUUGUGGCUUGUCGAAGGGAUCUCACUGAGAUUUUGCCUCCUUUAACAGAUUGUGCAGAGCUCAGCAGGAGGCCGGUGCGGCUGUUAGGCCUCAACACCUGGGACGUGGCAGCAGCUCUCACACACUUGGACUGGAGUCUCUUCAAAUCCAUCCAUGAGCAGGAGCUGGUGUACUACACCCUCAGCCGUGCUUCCGGCACUGGCCACACAGCGGCGCUGUCAGUCUUACUUCAGCGUUGUAAUGAGGUUCAGCAGUGGGUCAUGUCGGAGGUGCUCAUGUGUGUGUCGCUCAACAAGAGAGUGCAGCUACUCAAGAAGUUCAUCAAGAUUGCAGCUCAUUGUAAAGCCCAAAGAAAUUUAAACUCUGCAUUUGCCAUCAUCAUGGGUCUGAACACAGCAGCUGUCAGCCGACUCAACCAAACGUGGGAGAAAUGCCCUGGGAAGUUCAAGAAGGUUUUCUCGGAGUUGGAGCUGAUCACGGAUCCAUCUCUGAACCACAAAGCCUACAGAGAAGCUUUCAAGAGGAUGAAACCUCCCAAAAUCCCUUUCAUGCCUCUUCUCCUCAAAGAUAUUACCUUCAUACACGAGGGAAAUAAGACCUUUCAUGACAACCUGGUCAACUUUGAGAAGCUGCAUAUGAUUGCAGACACGGUGAGGAUGAUUCGCCACUGUCAAAGUGACCAACCAGGCAACGAGGUAAUUGGGGUCGACAGUGCAGAGGUGAGGGCGAGCGUUCAGUACCUGCACAUUAUCGACAAUCAGCAGACGCUUUUUGAGCUGUCGCACAAACUGGAGCCGCGUGCCUGAACACAUGGACACAGGCACAGUGGACAUGUAAGGACCCGAGUGCGUGUGGCGUGAAAGACAAAAUGUUGCACACACAGUCACACUACCAGCAGCGGUGCCAUGUGUUCUGACAGUGCACUCUGCCUCAGCGUUGAUCUGUGGACUCCCACAAACGAUGUGCAUUUAAAGGAUUCCUCAUCUGUGCACCCACUGUGCCCACAGUGAGAGGUUUUGCACUGCAGCAAGAAGAUUUUCCAAACUCGGAAUGUGAGCAGAGGAGACUGUAAUUACUUUGUACAGCGUGUCUAAGACUGAAUAUUGUUUUUGUGGUGAGCAUUUGUUUGUUUAUGAGCCUGUUCAACAGGUCCAAUAUUUCUUUACUUCUGUCUAAUUUCGUUGCCCCUGGAGGACAACAAGGACUUUAGAGCUUCUGACUUCAUAGCUUCUUCAUCAUUUCAGUGAAAAAGUGAAAAAAAAAGAAAAA